AUGGGUGUUCCUUCCAAUUCUCUCCCUUCCUCCUUUCUCUUCAUAUUCUUCUUAUUAUGUACUCUCCUUUCUUCUUCUACUGUAGUUUCAGUAGAGGAGGAGGAACCGGGGAGCUUUAUCGUUUUCAUGAUGAAAUCUGAGAAACCCAGGGCUUUCUCCACCCAUCAUCACUGGUAUUCAUCCAUCAUUCGUACACUUUCCCCCCUCUCUAACCACUCAUCAUCAUCUCAGCUCUUGCACACCUAUGAACGUGUUGCCCAUGGCUUUUCUGCACGCCUCACGCCCUCCCAAGCGUCUCAACUACGAAACGUUCCCGGCGUGAUCUCUGUCCUUCCGGAUCAAAUCCACCAGCUCCAAACCACUAGAACCCCUCAAUUUUUAGGCUUAAGUGACAGUGACCCAUCUGGUCUCUGGCGCAUCUCUGAUUACGGAGCUGAUAUUAUAGUGGGUGUUCUCGACUCCGGAAUCUGGCCGGAAAGGCGUAGCUUCUCCGACCAGGGUCUAUCUCCCAGGCCUAGCAGUUGGGUGACCAAGUGCCAGGUGCGUCCAGAUUUUCCGGCGACUUCGUGUAAUAAUAAAAUCAUUGGUGCCCGUGUGUUUUACAAAGGCAACGUAGCUGCUAGUGGAAAGCCAAUAGACCAAUCAAUGUUAUCACCCAGAGAUAUGGAGGGCCAUGGCACACAUGUUGCCUCUACUGUAGCUGGAUCUAUUGUUCAAAACGCUAACGUUUUGGGAUACGCACAGGGUGAAGCCAGAGGCACGGCAGUAAAAGCCAAAAUAGCAGUUUACAAAGUUUGCCAUGGCUCAUUAGGCUGUUCCGAUUCCGAUAUUCUUGCUGCGAUAGAUCAAGCUGUUAUAGACGGCGUGCACGUGCUUUCGCUUUCCAUUGGUAAUUCAGCGGCUAGGCCGUACUAUAUGGACCCCAUUGCAAUCGGAGCUUUUGGUGCGGUGGAGCAUGGUGUUCUCGUCUCCUGCGCUGCUGGAAAUGAUGGCCCCAAUUCAUUUACUGCUAGGAACAUCGCGCCAUGGAUAUUGACGGUUGGUGCUUCCACUAUUGAUAGGGAAUUCCCGGCUGUUGUGACACUAGGGAAUGGCAGGAGCUUCACCGGCACCUCCUUGUACUCCGGCGUACCACCAAGCUCAAACCUAGUUCCAGUGGUCUACGGUGGUAACGCCAACAGCCUUUACUGUCUUCCCGGACAACUUGACGCUUCAAAAGUCAGGGGCAAGAUCGUGUUUUGUGAGCAAGGAGACGGUACUUCCAUUGUUGAUAAAGGAGUUGCUGUAAAUCAGGCCGGUGGCGUAGGAAUGAUCGUUCCUAACCUACGUCCCUAUGGUUACCAGCUUCAAGCCAUGGCUAAUAUGAUUCCCACUUCAGUCGUUACCGUAGCCGACGGAGAAACUAUCCGGGGUUAUGUAAGGUCGUCGUCGUCUCCAUUGCCAACUGCUAAAAUUGAAUUCAAGGGAACAGUAAUCGGAAAUUCUCCGUCUGCACCGCGUGUAGCUGCUUUCUCAAGCCGGGGGCCCAAUGUCAUCACUCCUGAAAUUCUCAAACCAGAUGUGAUUGCACCGGGAGUUAACAUUCUAGCCGCCUGGACUGGCGCCAUGGAAUUCAAUAUUAUAUCCGGCACCUCCAUGGCAUGUCCUCAUGUCACUGGAUUGGCUGCCAUGCUUCAAAAGCUCUAUCCACUUUGGUACCCAGGUGCCAUCAAGUCUGCACUCAUGACAACAGCUUACACUGUGGAUAAUUCUGGGAAGAGUCUCACAGAUCUUUCAACUGGACAAACAUCCAUGACCUAUUAUCAUGGAUCUGGACACGUUGAUCCAAACAAGGCAGCAGAUCCGGGUCUGAUCUAUGAUACCGGAAUUGAAGAUUAUGUGAAUCUUUUAUGUACUCUUGGGUAUGAUAGCAAGAAAAUUGCGUUGUUCGCGCGGGAUGGUCCUCUGGUGGAUUGCAACGGCCGAAAUUUGGGUAAUCCCGGCUCUCUAAAUUACCCGUCAUUUUCGGUUGUGUUCACAAAUUCUCUCAGGACAGUAACAUACAAGAGAACGGUUAAAAAUGUGGGGAGAAUCAAGAACCCUGUUUAUAAUGUAGCCGUCACUGUUCCCUCCAGCAGCGUUCGUGUGACUGUGUCACCAACCACGUUGGCGUUUACUGAGACAAAUAAUGUACUAUCUUAUGAGGUAACUUUUACAACAACUGACCCGGCACCAACUGACUCGGUACUCGGGUCAUUAGUCUGGAGUGAUGGAACGCACGUCGUUAGUAGCCCAAUAGCUGUGAUGUGGCAAGGGGGGGCUUUGAAGUCUGAACUCUAAAUGCGUGUAUGCAUGAAUGGGCCUAGUUUGUUCCUAU